UUUGCAGUCGAGAACAGACCUCACUGAAGAUUGGUCCAUGAGUCAUGAAAAUUGGUCCAUGAAACAUUGUUUAUGAGGAUGUUAAAGCCUCGCUGUGGACUUUGUGAGGAACUUAUUUUCUCUGGAAGCUAUAUUCGGGCUCUUAACUCAGAGUGGCAUCUUAAUCAUUUUAGCUGCUGGCACUGUGACGUAUCUUUAAAUGGGAAAAGAUAUGUUCUAACAGAUGAUCACCCCUGCUGCAUUUCAUGUUAUGAAGAAAAUUUUACAAAUAGAUGCCGAGUGUGUACAAAUAAAAUCGGAUUGGAUUCCAGAGAUAUUUCAUAUAAGGAUCAGCAUUGGCAUGAAUCCUGUUUCACCUGCUUCCGGUGUUCCCUCUCCUUACUAGAAAAAGCAUUUGCCGUGAAGCACGAGAAAAGUUAUUGUGAAGUUUGCUACGAUAGAGAGUUCUCAUCCAGGUGUGAGAGUUGUGAGGAAGUAUUCCAGCCUGGAACUAGAAAAAUUCAAUACAAGUCCAAGCAGUGGCAUGAUUCAUGCUUUCAUUGUAAAGUUUGUAAAACAAAGGUAGAAGAAAUUGAUGGCAGAACAUCAUCUGUUGGAAUUGCAAAAGAUGUUUUAAUUAUAAAGGUUGGAUCUAAGUCGUUCAUCAUCCCAAAUGAUAAGGAUAUUUACUGUGUUCGAUGUUUUGAGGACAAGAUUGCCACAAAAUGUACAAAAUGUAAAAAUAUUCUGACAACUGGAGGGGUCACUUUCAGGAAUGAGCCCUGGCAUAAGGAAUGUUUUGUGUGUGUUCACUGUAACGGCCAAUUAGCCGGACAGAAGUUUGCCAGCAGAGAGGAUAAACCUUACUGUGCAGUCUGCUUUGGUGAAUUGUUUGCAAAAAGAUGUGCUAGCUGCUCUCAACCAAUCACAGGGCAGGGUGGAACCAGGUUUAUCUCCUUUGAGGGAAGGCACUGGCACUCCAUGUGUUUUAUCUGCGCUCUCUGUCAGAAAUCAAUGGCGGGCAAAGGAUUUAUAACUGAUGGAGAAGAUAUUAUUUGUCCUGACUGUGCCAAAGAUAAACUCAUGGGACCAGGAUAAUGGAUCAACGAAUAGAUUGAUUGGUUGAUCAAUACAUUUAUUGACUGGUUGAUGAAUCAAUUGAUUGAUUGAAUAUUAGUCUAUUAGAUGUCUACCAAAUAUUUCAUUUGCCAACUGGUGUUUUUUUUUACAGUAAUUAUCUAAUUCAUUAAAUCAUAUAUUGAUAAUUUUAAAUUAAAGUGUUAGGCGUU